AAAUGUUAUUUGAUUAAGUAUAUAAAGACCACAUGUUUCGAAAUAGCCACAUAGAUAUAGCUAUUGUGAUUUUAUUCCUUUAAAAAGUAAUGAAUGACGACGGGGGCAAAGUUCGCUCUAAUAGGAAAUUGCGUAAGUUUGUUCGUUAUCGAACCCGCCUUCCUUCGGCAAGAUGGCUCCGCUGUUGGUACCGCUGGAAUGCAUUUUACACCUGCAAAGAAGAAAAUUGGCUAUUUUACUGCAAAAGACAAGUUUUUAUCAUGUUUGGAGAGGAGGUAACAACCCGAAUGGGAAACAACGGAAACAACAGACUACUUAUUUGCUGAGCCCCAACCUGAGGACAGCCACAUGGACAGUCAACAGGAGUGACGACAGCAGACGUUUACUGGAGGCUGCAAAGCAUUUGCAGGUGACAGAACGGACCUGUUGGCACGGAAAUGCGGGUGGAAGAUUAAACGCUGACCCCAAAAAUGUGCUGAAGGAGGUGAAUUCCAGGACCAUCCUGUCUAACAUGUUGUCCUACGUGUGGCCCAAGGACCGGCCUGAUCUACGGGCUAGAGUAGCCAUCGCCCUGGGGCUGCUGGCUGGAGCUAAGAUGACCAACGUGAUGGUACCCUUCAUGUUUAAGUAUGCUGUGGACGAGCUGAAUGGACUGUCGGGUCACAUGUUGAAUCUGAGCGACGCCCCCAACACCGUGGCUACCAUGGCAACUGCUGUUCUUAUUGGUUACGGUGUGUCCCGUGCCGGUUCGGCCCUCUUCAACGAGCUGCGUAACGCCGUGUUUGGGAAGGUGGCCCAGAGUUCCAUCCGGCGUAUCGCCAAGAACGUGUUCCUGCACCUCCACAGCCUGGACCUGGGCUUCCAUCUGUCCCGCCAGACGGGGGCGCUGUCAAAGGCCAUUGACAGGGGCACCAGGGGCAUCUCCUUCGUCCUCUCUGCUAUCGUCUUCAACCUGGGACCCACCGCGCUGGAGAUGGGGCUGGUCUCUGCUAUCCUGUAUUAUAAAUGCGGGGUGGAAUUUGCUGCGGUGACUCUGGGUACUCUGGGAGCGUAUACGGCCUUCACCGUUGCUGUCACACAGUGGAGGACUCGGUUCAGGAUAGAGAUGAACAAGGCCGACAACGAGGCAGGAAACGCUGCUAUUGACUCUUUACUCAAUUAUGAGACCGUUAAGUAUUUCAACAAUGAGAAGUACGAAGCAGAGAAGUAUGAUGGCUAUCUGAAGAGCUACGAGUCCUCGUCCCUGAAGACGACCUACACCCUGGCCAUGCUCAACUUUGGACAGAGUGUCAUCUUUAGUGUGGGUCUCACUGGUAUCAUGGUGCUAGCUAGCAAGGGGAUCAUGGCAGGCUCUAUGACCGUAGGAGACCUGGUGAUGGUGAAUGGUCUGCUUUUCCAGCUCUCUAUGCCUCUUAACUUCCUGGGCACAGUGUACAGAGAGACACGCCAGGCCCUGAUCGACAUGAAUACACUCUUCACACUGCUCAGUGUUGACACCAAGAUCAAGGAGACAGAUCUGGCCCCUCCUCUCUCCAUCACCCCUCAAGAAGCCACCAUCAGGUUUGAGGAUGUCUACUUUGAGUACCUGGAAGGCCAGAAGGUUCUAGAGGGCGUCUCCUUCCAGGUGCCGGCUGGGAAGAAGGUGGCCAUCGUAGGAGGGAGCGGAUCGGGGAAGAGCACCAUCGUGCGUAUGCUGUUCCGGUUUUACGAGCCCCAGAAGGGAAACAUCUACAUCGCUGGACAGAACAUCAGAGACGUUGGACUGGACAGUCUGCGCCGGGCCGUAGGGGUGGUACCACAGGAUGCAGUGCUCUUCCACAACACCAUCUUCUACAACCUUCAGUACGGGAACAUCAACGCCACGCCAGAGGAGGUGUACCAGGUGGCACGGCUGGCAGGGAUCCACGACGCCAUCCUCAGGAUGCCCCACGGAUACGAGACUCAGGUCGGGGAGAGGGGACUCAAACUGUCAGGUGGGGAGAAGCAGCGUGUGGCCAUAGCCAGGGCCAUUCUGAAGAACCCUCCUAUCCUGCUGUAUGAUGAAGCUACGUCAUCGCUGGACUCUAUCACUGAGGAGAACAUUCUUAAUUCCAUGAAGGGUCUGGUCCAGGACCGGACGUCGGUGUUCAUCGCUCACAGACUGUCCACCAUCGUAGACGCAGACGAGAUCAUCGUACUCAACAAGGGUAAGAUAGCAGAGCGAGGGGACCACCACUCUCUCCUGGCUACUCCAGGCUCUCUGUACGCUGACCUGUGGAACACGCAGAACAGUAAGAUCCUGAACCGUAAGAACAGCCCAGUGGAGCUGCAGCCAGAGAGACUCAGCCAGAAGGAGGAGGAGAGGAAGAAACUACAGGAGGAGAUCAUGAACAGUGUCAAGGGCUGUGGGAACUGCUCCUGUUGAGGAGAGACCAGGACAGGAGGUCCUCCCUCAAUACCUGUCCUUCCUCCUUCAUCCACUGCCAGCCUGCGCUCAGUACUUUAAUUUACACCUCUCCAGCUCGCCACGCCAAGCCCUUCCCCCUGCUCCUCCUGAGAAGGCGAUUGGUGCCCGAAGAGGAGACUGAGGAGCAAGGCUGUCUGCCAUUGGCUAAUGUCUACAGAGGCAACGCUCGUCUGCCAAUCCUCAGCUCAAACAACACAUAAAAUACCUUGUAUAGGAUGACAUCAUGUUGUAUAGGAUGACGUCAUGUCGUACAGGAUGACGCCAUGUCGUACAGGAUGACGUCAUGUCGUACAGGAUGACGCCAUGUCGUACAGGAUGACGUCAUGUCGUACAGGAUGACGCCAUGUCGUACAGGAUGACGUCAUGUCGUACAGGAUGACGUCAUGUCGUACAGGAUGACGUCUUGUAAGAACAUUACUGAUCAACGUGAGGAGUCUGUUUCAUUCUGAAGAUAUGUUCCAAAUGCCACCCUAUUCCCCAUGGACCCUGGUCAAAUGUAGUGCACUAUAGAGGGAAUAGGGUGCUAUGGACCCUGGUCAAAUGUAGUGCACUAUAGAGGGAAUAAGGUGCCUUUUGGGACCUACUCCCUAUGGGCCCUGGUCAAAUGUAGUGCACUAUAGAGGGAAUAGGGUGCCAUUUGGGACCUACUCCCUAUGGGCCCUGGUCAAAUGUAGUGCACUAUAGAGGGAAUAAGGUGCCUUUUGGGACCUACUCCCUAUGGGCCCUGGUCAAAUGUAGUGCACUAUAGAGGGAAUAGGGUGCCAUUUGGGACCUACUCCCUAUGGGCCCUGGUCAAAUGUGGUGCACUAUAGAGAGAAUAGGGUGCCAUUUGGGACCUACUCCCUAUGGGCCCUGGUCAAAUGUAGUGCACUAUAGAGGGAAUAAGGUGCCUUUUGGGACCUACUCCCUAUGGGCCCUGGUCAAAUGUAGUGCACUAUAGAGGGAAUAAGGUGCCUUUUGGGACCUACUCUCUAUGGGCCCUGGUCAAAUGUAGUGCACUAUAGAGGGAAUAAGGUGCCUUUUGGGACCUACUCCCUAUGGGCCCUGGUCAAAUGUAGUGCACUAUAGAGGGAAUAAGGUGCCUUUUGGGACCUACUCCCUAUGGGCCCUGGUCAAAUGUAGUGCACUAUAGAGGGAAUAGGGUGCCAUUUGGGACCUACUCCCUAUGGGCCCUGGUCAAAUGUAGUGCACUAUAGAGGGAAUAAGGUGCCUUUUGGGACCUACUCUCUAUGGGCCCUGGUCAAAUGUAGUGCACUAUAGAGGGAAUAAGGUGCCUUUUGGGACCUACUCCCUAUGGGCCCUGGUCAAAUGUAGUGCACUAUAGAUGGAAUAGGGUGCCAUUUGGAACCUACACCCUAUGGGCCCUGGUCAAAUGUAGUGCACUAUAGAGGGAAUAGGGUGCCAUUUGGGACCUACUCCCUAUGGGCCCUGGUCAAAUGUAGUGCACUAUAGAGGGAAUAAGGUGCCUUUUGGGACCUACUCUCUAUGGGCCCUGGUCAAAUGUAGUGCACUAUAGAGGGAAUAGGGUGCCAUUUGGGACCUACUCCCUAUGGGCCCUGGUCAAAUGUAGUGCACUAUAGAGGGAAUAAGGUGCCUUUUGGGACCUACUCCCUAUGGACCCUGGUCAAAUGUAGUGCACUAUAGAGGGAAUAAGGUGCCUUUUGGGACCUACUCCCUAUGGACCCUGGUCAAAUGUAGUGCACUAUAGAGGGAAUAAGGUGCCUUUUGGGACCUACUCUCUAUGGGCCCUGGUCAAAUGUAGUGCACUAUAGAGGGAAUAAGGUGCCUUUUGGGACCUACUCUCUAUGGGCCCUGGUCAAAUGUAGUGCACUAUAGAGGGAAUAAGGUGCCUUUUGGGACCUACUCUCUAUGGGCCCUGGUCAAAUGUAGUGCACUAUAGAGGGAAUAAGGUGCCUUUUGGGACCUACUCUCUAUGGGCCCUGGUCAAAUGUAGUGCACUAUAGAGGGAAUAAGGUGCCUUUUGGGACCUACUCUCUAUGGGCCCUGGUCAAAUGUAGUGCACUAUAGAGGGAAUAGGGUGCCAUUUGGGACCUACUCCCUAUGGGCCCUGGUCAAAUGUAGUGCACUAUAGAGGGAAUAAGGUGCCUUUUGGGACCUACUCCCUAUGGACCCUGGUCAAAUGUAGUGCACUAUAGAGGGAAUAAGGUGCCUUUUGGGACCUACUCCCUAUGGACCCUGGUCAAAUGUAGUGCACUAUAGAGGGAAUAAGGUGCCUUUUGGGACCUACUCUCUAUGGGCCCUGGUCAAAUGUAGUGCACUAUAGAGGGAAUAAGGUGCCUUUUGGGACCUACUCUCUAUGGGCCCUGGUCAAAUGUAGUGCACUAUAGAGGGAAUAAGGUGCCUUUUGGGACCUACUCUCUAUGGGCCCUGGUCAAAUGUAGUGCACUAUAGAGGGAAUAAGGUGCCUUUUGGGACCUACUCUCUAUGGGCCCUGGUCAAAUGUAGUGCACUAUAGAGGGAAUAAGGUGCCUUUUGGGACCUACUCUCUAUGGGCCCUGGUCAAAUGUAGUGCACUAUAGAGGGAAUAGGGUGCCAUUUGGGACCUACUCCCUAUGGGCCCUGGUCAAAUGUAGUGCACUAUAGAGGGAAUAGGGUGCCAUUUGGAUGAGGUAUUUCUGACAGCGUUCUCCUGUAGGAAGAGGGGUGCCUCUGUGGAUCUGAAUAUGUUUUUAACUAGAUCUCCCAUAUUGCUGGGAAGUGUAGGUCGCUGUUUUAUAUUAAGGAUUUGUAUAUAUCUUUAUAUCAGGAUUUAAAAGGCUGCUGACUAAAAACUAGACACACAUUGUCCAGGUAUAUCUAUCGCUAUAAAAUGACCUUUUCUCAAAAUAAUCUUUACUUUGGGGGGGCGGGGGUGGUUCAAUCAUUUAGAAGGUUUAACCAAGAACAGGAAACACACGCCUACCCAAAGAUCAUGUAUUACAAAUAAUGAAUAUUAGGCUUCGUCCUUAACAGCCCUGUUGUAUUGAUCUUUAUCAGAGACUUGUCAGGAACAUGGAGUAUGGUGAAGACUGGCUGAGAAACCCUGCCUGCCUGUCUGCCUGCCUGUCUGCCUGUCUGUCUCUGUCUGUCUGUUGGCCUGCCUGCCUGCCUGCCUGCCUGUCUGCCUGUCUGUCUGCCUGUCUGCCUGUCUGCCUGUCUGCCUGUCUGUCUGUCUGCCUGUCUGUCUGUCUGUCUGCCUGUCUGUCUGCCUGUCUGUCUGCCUGUCUGCCUGUCUGUCUGCCUGCCUGUCUGCCUGUCUGUCUGUCUGUCUGCCUGUCUGUCUGCCUGUCUGUCUCGUCCCGACUCCCGACACGUUCGUUACUACGGGACAGAUGGAGAUCCAAUCGGAAUAUUGAAACAAUGUUGCAAAUGUCGGAGAGACAAAGUUUUAUACAAAUGUCCGCUGUUGAAAACACAAUUUGAGUCUAAAAGAAAUAUGAGAUAAUGUCCAAAUGUUUUUUAUAGUGGAGAUCAAGUUUAUAAAUUGCCUGGCUGGGCUGAUGAGACCGUGGAUUGCGCAGUCAGAUGGAACAGAGUAAAUAGGCAUUUUAACGUCAUAGAUUUAGCAGGUGGUAACUUGUGGAAUAGACACCGGCUGGAAUCUGGUUUUAAUUUAGGAUUAGACCCACCCGUUGUAUAAUACUACAUUGAUCACAGCCUUUGAGUUUUGAAAUAAAGCUAGUCUGAAGAAGCUGAGGACAUACUAUUCACAAUUAAUUUCUACCUUUUACUUAAAUGCACACUUAUUAUGGUAUCUUUUGGAUUGUCUAACAACUAAUGUUCUCGAUUUAACGAUUGUCUGACAAUGGUCUGAUUUUCACAUGGGUUAGGUAUUGCCUUGUUAUUUGAGGAGCGCUUUUUGGUCAGAUCAGUGCCCAUGUUGCGUGAUGUCGUCAUGUACAGUUUGUUAGAACAGAAUACUAGUUGGGCUUGUUGUACAGCAGUAAUGUAAUAUGUAUAAUUCUAUAAAAGCACUGGAGAAAAGACAUUGGGCUUUUUGUGUGAUGACCUGAAUAAAGAGCAGUGCCUAUA